AAAAGAACAACCACACGCUGCAGCCGUGGCGCUAGAACGAAUACAAGCGAUGACUGUCGACCGUUUGGUUGCUGAUUAACGGCAUUGCCUGCUGUGAAUUUCCACACAAUGUGGCAGAUCAGUUGGUGUUUACGUUUCACGAGUGAUACGUGUGGCACGCGCCGUGGCUAGAAAUUCGUUGAGCUAAUAAUAAAUCUUUUAUGUUUAUUGCAAAAUAAUAUUAUGUGGGAGCGUGCACAGUUGUUUUUAAAGUGUUGAUAGGCUGGCAUUACCUAAACUAUUUUGGUAAUUUGGAUACUCGCGACUAUUAUCAACCGUUAGUGCGCUUAUAGCGGAUGUGUUUCUUUGCGCAAACGGAAGUUAUGCUGUAGCACCGUGUAUAGAAAUCGAGUGUCGGUCGUACAGCGGUUGCAAGAUUUAUUCGUGGCCGCGGAGUGCGCGCGUACAAACGGCGGAAGUGUUAAAUUGGUAAAGUGAAGUGUUUACUUUGAACGUUUGUUUGCAGCGACCGAAAAUUUAAGUAAAAAAUGUUGCGCAUAAGCCUAGUAUAGCUUUAUUGCUUAGUUUGCCAUAUUCUUAGCGAAAAGUUGGAUUUCAAUAUACAUUUGUUAACUUAAAAUAUCAUAAUUCUUAUCUUGCAAUAUUUGUGAUUUUUUUUCUUGCGGCGCGUGUUUGUAUAUUUCUGCUAAAUAGCAUAUUUAUGUGAAUAUAGAUUAACAAAGCGUUACCACAAUUCGCAGUGCAGUGUUAACACGGGUAAUCAUUUCACAGUAUUAAAUGUCAUUCAUCGCACAGAUGAAAUAUAAAUUUUUUAGUCACGAAAAGUAUAAAUCAAUAUCGUUAAAUAACAUUUAAAUGCGUGUUGUAAAAAUUCUACUGAAGUUACUUAUACGCUCCGUCGCCCACUAGUGCAAUUUUCUCUCGUUUUGUUGAUGUGAAAUCCAGUAAAGGCAGGUGUCAAGAUCUACUUGCAUGUGUGAGGGUACCUCGACAGACUGGAACGAUAAAUCAUUGAGAAAUCCAACUUAACCUAUACUCAAGCCUUAGUACCAAAUUCAAUUCUACUUUAUUGAGCAAAAAGGAAUGGCAAAAAGACAAGUGUCGAAGAGAGCAGCAAAUUUUGUCUGUUGUCGAUGAAUGGUAGAUCCAGUCAGCGGAAACUGAAAUUGUGAUGUGUUAACUAACCGAAAUUGCCACCAGAAAUUACCACUACACGACCGUAACGUAUACACAAACUUUUCGUAGCAGCAAAGAGUGGCAAGUAUACCGGCGCUCGUUAACGAGUUGGUUAUUGUUGUAACAACGUAAGUGAGUGCAUAUGUGCAGUUGGCAUUACAAAGUUCGCAAACAAGAAAUAAAUGAGCACAUCAACAAAGAGAGUUACGUGUAAAUAAAUGUUAGUGGUAGUGCUGGGUUUGCGGCUUUUGUCACUCACAAGUGUUGCAGUUGAGUCAAGUUCUAUGCGAAAUUGGCAAAGAAAGUAGCAGCAAGAAAUCUGUGUUGCAAGUUGUCUGACAGCUGUUACGCCAGUCAUCUUAAUGUUAUGCGAUAGUCUAAGAAGGUCUUAUAUUAAAGCAGUCAGAACUCGCUUAAAUACGCUACAAACAAACCAUAUUGAAAGUCAUAAGUUUUCGGCAAUGGCAUCUGGAAAGAACAACAUAUAAUAACAUAUAUGCGAGAACAUACAAUAGUUGCGACUGUAAAUUCUACUUAAUCUCGCACAAGUCGCAACUCCGCGGGCAACCGUAAAUUACGAAAGCUGGGUCACUGUGACAUGAAAUUUAAUAACGGAAACGGUAACAAAGAGUCAUAAACAAAGGUGUAUUUACACAAUUACACAUAUACACACAUACAUACACAUUAGCCUAAACUUUAACUUAAGCGCAGCAUGGAGUCAUUUAUACGCGAGUAUGCGGGGCGCAGCAUCCUGCCACAUUUGCACAACUCCGGCGGCGCGUUGCAACGUUACGUGCGCUAUGUCCUCGAAGACGCGGUGGCAAGUAUACCAAGCAGUAGCAAAAACGGUGCCAGCAGCGGCAGCCACAAAAACAGCCUGCUCAUCGGCCUAACUAAAGACAGCGGUGAUAGCGCCGAGAGCGGCAAUGACUACUACUUUGUUACAUCGGCAUCCGCUGAGCAAUUGCUCAAAGAUAGUGAAAGUGUUGUGGCUGCGACCACCGCAACAUCCGCGGAGCUGGUGCCACACUCGCCGCUUGCGUACAACGAAAGAAGCUACGCCACCGUCGAUAGUGCAUCGGUGCAGCUGUUAUCAACGCUUACCGUGACUAUGAGAACUAUUAGCGAGUUCGCGACCACCUCGGCAACAGCUGUUGUGAGCACAACGACGGCGGCAGAUGGCGAGCUGAAUAUAACCGCCGAAAUAUGUGAUGACUCAGCUGAGGAUGUGUCCGCGCUAUCGACGGCCUAUUUCAAGACCAUCGUCUAUCUGUUGUACAUUCCGAUAUUUAUAUUCGCGCUGUUGGGCAAUGGCACCGUCUGCUAUAUUGUGCAGUCAACGCCGCGCAUGCGUACCGUAACCAAUUAUUUUAUAGCCAAUUUGGCGGUGGGCGAUAUAUUAAUGUCGCUCUUUUGUGUUCCCUUUUCGUUUGUGUCCAUUUUCAUUUUGAAACAUUGGCCUUUUGGUACUGUGCUUUGUAAUUUGGUGAAUUACUCGCAAGCGGUGUCGGUGUUGGUGAGCGCGUACACGCUGGUCGCCAUUAGUAUUGAUCGUUAUUUGGCGAUUAUGCGGCCAUUGCGACCGCGUAUAACGAAAAGACUUGCAAAGUUCAUCAUAGCAGGCGUUUGGACAAUUGCCUUAGCAACGGCGCUGCCCAUACUAAUUGUCUCCAAGCUAUCACAACCGGAGACGUGGUUCAUCGAGUGUAAGAAGUACAUUUGUCACGAGGAGUGGCCUUCCAACAUACAAAACUACUAUUAUACUUUAGCGCUGCUGACUCUGCAAUUCCUCGUCCCUUUGACGGUGCUCAUCUUCACCUACACACGCAUCGCAUGUGCGGUCUGGGGCAAGCGACCGCCCGGCGAGGCGGAGAACUCGCGCGAUCAACGAAUGGCGCGUUCCAAGCGAAAGAUGAUUAAAAUGAUGGUGACGGUUGUUAUCGUCUUUACCAUGUGUUGGCUGCCUUUCAACGUGCUUGUGCUUCUACUCAACGAUGAUGCCUUCAAAAUCUGGGAGCCGUUGCCUUACUUCUGGUUUGCAUUCCACUGGUUGGCCAUGUCACAUAGCUGCUACAAUCCGAUCAUCUACUGUUAUAUGAACGCACGCUUUCGCGGUGGUUUCCUGCAGAUUAUUUACCGUGUGCCAGGUUUGCGACGUUGUUGUUGCCUGCGUCGUUAUUUGCAUAAUCGAGGCGAGCGAAAUUACGAUGCUACCGGUGAGAUGACCUUCAAAUUCAAUGCUGGUAAUGGUGGAGGUCUGUUGAGGAAACCUAAAAUUCGCAUUAGGCACGGACGACACAUUCCACUUGCAACGGGUAAACACAUCAACUACAUACAUCAGCACUCGGAAAAAACUCCGAACGAAUUCUAUGCAAAUGAGUCAAUUUUCAUGUGCGGAGGCCACAGUGUUGCGGUAGUGCCAGCCCCAUAGAUGGAGCCAGUCGCAUGUCACCGCACCGCCAACAAGAGCGAAGCUUCAACCGCCCAUUAACACAACGCAAUUCGUGUGAUGGAAAUUGCGAAUCAAUAUACACACACACGCACAUGUAUUCAUAUAAACGUACAAGGAUAGGCUUAGCUCAGUCGAAAAUGCGUGGCAGGCAGAAGCAGAUAGCAGAAGCUGCAAACAGAUUUACAAUUUAAUUUAGCUAUACAAAACACACACAUGCUUACAAAAACAUACAUACAAACAAUUGUGUGCUUUUAUGGUUUUGUUACGGCAUUCCCUACACACAUUAUAAGCAAGUAUGUACAUACAUAGAUAAACCUGAAACCAGGAACAAUUUUAGAUAGUAUAUAAAAAUAAGUUUAAUGCCUAAAAGCCGUUAUCUAAAGCAAAAGCACAGCUUAGCUUUUAAAUUAAAUGUGCUUUUAUUGUCAUUAAACCGAAAAUGAAGUUUUCCCAAUGGAUAUCCUGAAGGCGUUGUCCUUGUCGAAAACCUAAUCUAAAUGCAUUUACGCACACUUAAGCAUACGAGUAUUUAUGUAAGUUUUUUUAAACGAUAUUAAUAUGAUUGUAAAUGAGUAUGUAUGUGUAAUUGAAAAACGUAAACGCCUUAAGGUUCUGUUCAAUUUGCUAUUCUUUCUUCAAAGCUUACAAUUACUAAAUACAUACAUAAGUAACCCGAAAAUCAGACACAUAUUUGCUAGUCUUUUGAAAACCAAAAACAUCUAGACACAAUUACAUACUUACCCAAAUAGGUGCGGUGUUGAAAUGAUAAGAAAUAACUGUACUGCUGCUUACGUAUUUAAAACGAAAUGUAUGUAGGUAAAUAUAUAUUUGUAUCCCUACUUUUAUAGGCAAAUAUGUAUACGACAACCUUAUCAAAAUCUAAAUCUAUGUAUGUAAAUAAUUAAGUGACGUACUAAAUGUAAACGAAACCAAAGGAUAAAAUUUUGAAAUAAUAAUUUAGUCAAUUUUGAACAUUAUGUAAUAAA